AUGACAAAGAAAACUCUAUUCCCAGAUGGAACCACUUCUUGGUCUUCGGGCCCGGGGGCUGGACGGGGCGUGUGUGUUGGCCACGGGUGUGGUGACGGCUGUCUUUCUGGGCAGUGUGAGGUGGACUCAAAGAGCGGAGAGCCACUGGACAGGCUGAGCUCAGAGGCCAUCAGCUUCUGCCGGCAUGUGGGCAGCCAGUCAUCCACUGUGUCAGAGAUCGUGGCACUUCAAGACCCCCGUGUCUACGCAGCAAUCCAGAAGUGCAUAGACGAGGUGAACGCGGUGGCCGUCUCCAACGCCCAGAAGAUCCAGAAGUGGAUCAUCUUGGAGAAGGACUUUACCAUUGCUGGCGGAGAGCUAGGUCCAACGGCAAAAGUGAAGAGACAUUUCAUAACUGAGAAAUACAAACAGCAAAUCUCUAAGUUGUACCGCUGACGUCCUGGGUGGAGCCGCUCGUGGCUGCCCGAACGGUGAGAUGUGGCUGCUGGGCGUUUCAGGGAGCGAGGAUGACAGAGGGUGACUCCGUAUGGCAGCGGGCUGUGAGCGGUUCAGGGGCCGGACACACACACUCUCACACUCACACACACACAUUCAGGCACUUACACAUACUGACAUAAACAUAUACACUCACACACA